ACGGAGGUCGGCUCCUCGACGACAUUCGCACCCUGGACGGGGAACGCUAAGACGCAUGGCGUCGAGCUGGAGGACAACGCUGUCCUCGUCGACGCUCCUGACAGGAUACGAGUGGCAGGGACGCUCAUAGUGCAUUCGUGCAGCAGACCGACAGGAUUGUCGGCGUCGGCCUGCCAGACGAAGAUGCGUACGCCGGCCGAGACCGAGGCCCUCGGUCAGCCGGAGAGCUACGGUAUCGGCAAAUUCGAGGUCCAGGAGGAGUCGACGUCGCCGGUAGUACUGCAGGCGGCCUCCCAGCCGGACGCUUCCUUUCCCAACAGUAUGAUGUGUAUUCAAGAUGAAUUGGGACAACUUAGCACCAUAGCCGGAGAUCCAGUACUUAGCGUAACGCAUAGAGUUCAAAUUCCAAACUGCAGCAACAUUAAUUCAGAAAGCAAUACAGAUUCCAGCGAAUCGACAAAUAAACCAACGGUUGCGCCCGAAACUGUUUAUUCCCAAAGACCAUUCGCUUGGAUAGCGGGAUGCAUGCAACCAGUCUUUAAUUUGAUUAAUAAAGUCACUUUUAGUGAAAAGAUUAAAGGAAGUCAAACCGAUGACUGGGAGAUACCUUUCGAAUACAUCAGUGAACUCCAAUGGUUAGGAUCUGGUGCUCAGGGAGCAGUUUUCAGUGGGAAAUUAAAAAAAGAAAUCGUAGCUGUCAAAAAAGUGAGAGAACCUCGAGAAACCGAUAUACGACAUCUUCGUAAACUUAAUCAUCCAAAUAUCGUACAAUUUAAAGGCGUAUGUACACAAGCUCCAUGUUAUUGUAUAAUAAUGGAAUUCUGCCCUUCGGGUCCACUAUACGAUCUACUCAGAGCAGGAGAAUCGGUUCCACCUCCUCGGCUAUCAUCUUGGUCAAAGCAAAUAGCAGCGGGCAUGAGAUAUUUACACGAUCACAAAAUAAUUCACAGAGAUUUGAAAAGUCCAAAUGUUUUAAUUGGACGCGAGGAAGUUGUGAAAAUAAGCGAUUUCGGCACUAGUCGCGAGUGGAAUGAAAAAAGUACGAGAAUGACCUUUGCUGGAACAGUCGCGUGGAUGGCGCCUGAAAUUAUUAGAAACGAGCCGUGUUCUGAGAAAGUGGAUAUUUGGUCAUACGGCGUAGUAUUGUGGGAACUUCUUAGCGGCGAAAUACCGUAUAAAGACGUAGACUCAUCGGCAAUAAUGUACGGAGUUGGUAAUAAUUCGCUUCGCUUACCAAUUCCAACGACCUGCCCCGAUGGUUAUAGAAUUCUGGUUGAGCAAUGCUGGGCGGCAAAACCAAGAAACAGGCCAUCGUUCAAGCACAUCGAAAUGCAUUUACAAAUAGCGGCUGUCGAGCUCGAAAGUACUACGCAAGAUGAAUACUUUAGAGCUCAGCAAACAUGGAAAGAAGAAAUCAGAGAGCACAUGAAACAAAUACAGAGCGACAACUCGAGUAGUCCUCGUUUCGAAGCGGACUUGAUACGUCGACGUGAGGACGAAUUACGGCACGCCCAAGAUAUCCGAGAACAUUACGAACGUAAACUGGAGCGCACCAACAAUCUAUACAUGGAACUAAGUGCUGUUUUAUUGCAACUCGAACAGCGCGAAAGGGACGUGAUGAAGAGAGAACAACAGUCUGGGCACAAACAAAGCAAGAAGCGAAUAGUCCAUCCCCUACUGAAAUGCCAAGAGCGACUUAAUCGUCGGCGCAAUACGACCAUUCAGUUUUCUUCGUCGAAUCCCACAUCGCCGCUCUCGCCGGCAAAUUUGCCACUGAGCCCCGUAAAGGCGACUCUCUGCACGCAGCUGAACGAUGCCAAUAAGCCCGAGACUGUCAUAUUGCCCAAUAGCUUUAAGCAACGAAAAUUCCGACAUCGACGGGUGGGCUCUGGCUGCGGUAUUAGUUCUAGUCCAAGAUCCAGUCCUCAGCGAGAACGAAAAACUGCGGAGAUUUCAGCCAGUCGUUUAGUGGACAAUCAGACUCAGACGGAAGUCCCAGGUACGAACGAAACGGACUCUCUACCCAAGGAUCACCAACUUAUCCAGCAGCACCGGCGACCCUCCUCCCUACAGGACAGAUACAUUUUCGAGGUAUCCUCGAACCGCCUUUAUCCAAAAUCAACCCUAGACUGCCAGAAUAACGGUAAUAAUGCAGAGUCUCAGCAGUACCAACAUCGCAGACAGUCCGCAAAUAGUCCGUGUUCGAGUCCCGAGCCUCUCAAUGACAAUCGACUGAAUGGGAAUAGCGAGAGAUUGAGAGAUUGCAGCGAUGACGAUCAUUUGGAGACGCUGGGAAGAAAAGUCAAUGAAAUAUUGAACGCAAAUAGGCUUAUGUCACCUAUGGAUAAUGGGAAUCGCUGUAACGUUGUCACGCAUGGACGGCUAAAGGAAGACUUGCAGAAAUUACCAGGCCAAACAGUAGAAAAAUGUUCGGAAAAUGAUAUAAGACCUAAUACCGAUGUGAUCGAUGCCCUACGCAUCGAAGAUGCAGACGUGGGUGAAGAAGAAAGCUGGUCCGACGAAGAAGGAGAAGACCCAAAUUAUACUUACAAUUAUUCGCUUAGAAGAAGAAGCGUGGCGAGGAGGCCAAUUGGUCCAGGCUGCAGACAUCAUCGGCGCUCGAAGCCGUCACUGCCGAGCGUCCCAAACAUCAAGCGUGUCCUUGCCUCGGACGAGGAGAACACCUCGGAGUACUCGCACCCACCCUCCAGCCAGUCAUCCACCCUCGAGAGCAAUCCCGAGGUGCAGCGAGCCUUCCGCAGGGUCGGCUCCUGCGAGUCCACACCCGCGGGACAUCCCAAGUACGCGCCUCGUAAGCGCACCCUGUCCGCGUGCAAUAGCCUCGGGGUAAGGAGGCCGACCGACGAUACGAGCGGCGGUUCCACAUCCUCCUCGUCCUCCCAGUCGGAAACGGACGAAAUCAGCGAAGUCACGAUAACCUCGCAGCUCGCUAGUACGGCCCUCAAGUGCGAGAGCACAGUCUAGACACUUUCCCUCGCUCCGUUGGCACAUUCCAUCGACAAACAAUCACGCUGAUGUUCCUUUUCUCUCGCCUUCUUAUUUCGACACUUGAUUCAUCAACAUAAUUUGGUACUUCUUUUGGCAACAAUUUCACUUGAGCUCCACGCUACUGAACAUCGUCGUUUGAUUUAUCGAACACUAACACCGUCAUUGCUCUCGUUAUUAACGCAUUAGGAGGAAUUGUUAAGUAGUAAUUAUGUAUUGCCGAAAUUAUUUGGCUUUGAUAUUUCGAAUUUAAGGCAAAAUUGCGAUUAACCGCUACAGUCUCGAAAACUUACUUACAACUGCCAUUAUUAUUGAAACACUUAACAUUGUUCUUACACGUUUCGUCGAUUUGGCCACAAAAUUAUGAAGGGAUGAGCUCUCCUUACGUGUAAUAAUUUAAUGACUUUAUCUAAAAUUCGAUUAAAAGG